UCGUCAGUGAAGCGCCGCAGCGCAGUCUAUAGGGGAGGGUCUGUGUGGUUUGUCCCCUUGGUCUGGUCUUUUUGUCAUCGCGACUUAUCAGUCACCAAACCACAGCGCAGUAUAAUCCUGUGCAGCUGAAGUCACCAGACAGUUACUGUAAUGGACACAUUUACAUGCGACGACUGUAUUGUCAUCACGAUACCGCUGGUCAAGGGUGACCGCGGGCAGUCAGAGACCUUGACGCCGGAAAAGUUUCACUGUGUGUUUAAAGAUUCAUACAAGGCCUUUCGUAAAGGACAGCCCAAAGCGCUAGGGACUACACAGAUUAUCACAGGGCUGCUUAUUAUUACUCUUGGCUUGGUGCAGAUAGACGAAGUACCAGGUAUCCUGAUAUAUACGAUGCCCAGCGUUAUGUUUUUAGCUUCCGGCAUAAUAUCUUUUGCCGCUGGACACUCGCCGAACAUGUGCGUGACCAAAACUUCCUUCACCCUGAACAUCAUCAGCUUAUUCUGGGCUCUGACUGCUCUGGGUUUGUGCAUAACUUUUGUGAGCUUGCAUCAUCCACCAUGGUAUUCUGGUACUACGAGAGGGAUCAAUGUGAUUAUUGCAAUUCAGCUUUCACUGGAGAUGCUUGUGGCGACAGUUUUAAUUUACUUUGAGAGUAAAGCAGUAUGCAGGACCCAAUUCAACACCCUGCCUUUGAUCAACUUAAAGUACGUCUGAAUCCAACAGUGACUGGAUUCUUGUCCAUUGGAAAGUUUUGUCCGUGAGACAGUGGUCGUCCUCUGAAGUUUAUCGUCUGUUUCUUCUUCUGAUGGCUUCUACAAGGCGGAGUUAAGACCUUCAGUCAGGAAUAGACAAGUGUUCUGAAAAUUAGAGAUUGUUGGCUUUUCAUACGGAAGGGUUUUAACUCUCACACCUGAAAAACAAAUAUUUGCCAUAUGAAUUUUUUACUGCAAUGUCACAACAAGAACAACAGGCAUGUAAAACCUGCAGAAGUUCCCAUUUCAGGAAAAUUUAGUUUCUAAAAAACAUUUCAAUGUAUAUAAAUAAAUAUUUGCAGGCCAAAUAAGUAUGUUCUUGCAGGGAAAACUCAAAAUAUUUACAUAUAUUUUCAUCUUUAAUUUUGUAUCCUGUGUGAGACACAUUGUCCUGUAUUGACGAUGUGCUCUAUGAUGUCAGCAAUAUAUUUUUAAAAAUAAAAGUGGUGAUUAUUAUCAUUUCCUCUUCAAUUAAUGCUCUCUGGUCCUCAUUGUAUAUAUAUAUGAAAUAUUUUUUAUGUUUUUUUCUUUAGAUUGAAAAAAUGUUUGCUGCAAAAUGUUUGCAUGAUUGAUUUUAUUUUCACCAUGUGUUACAUUUUUAUUAUUCAUUGCGAAAAAUAACAGGAUUGUUUGAAACAAUUUUAUACAUUCGGGCACAAUGCAAUCAAUAAAUAUGUGAGCCAUUUGUAAAGCCGAAUAAAGCAAUCAGUCUAAGUUC